GUAGGACAGCUGGGCUUUAUUUUGCCUCCCAGCCUGGAAACAACUGUAGUGCAGUUGGACUUGACGUCUAGCAACACAACAUCACAGACUUUUAACAAGCAGACACGGCGGCUUAGCACGUUAGCGACUGCAUUUACAGAUUUCCUGGAAAUUGGACUGAAAUUUUCACGACUUUUGGAUGGAAACUUAUCGUCUGAAAAGAUGUCAUCACAAAGUGCUAUGCUGGCAGUGAAGUUGCCGGGGUGCCAGCGUGAGAGUGCCUGAGUAGCUCGUGCUGAGCUCGGGUCGCAGCAACAGGACAAAAGACAUAAGAGGAAAAAGAGGGGAAGAAAAGAUAUUGGGAGAAUAAGCCAGCAAAAGGGCAAGGAUAAUCGGAGGAGACAGCAUGUUGGUGAGGGCUGAGUUUAAGAGAUAAACCUGACUCUGGAGAAGAGACAGAUAGAUUCAGAUUCUUUAGCUCACAAGCAGCAUAGAGGCUCAGUCAGAGCCAGAUAGACUGAAAAGUUGAGACACAGCCAAGAAUUCAUGUUCCUGGCCAUGGCUGUAGGCCUGCUGCUAGGAGGAUAGAGUUCAGUUCAACCACACCCACACUCCAACCUCCAUCCUCUUCUAACUUGACCCAAAAGAAGCUCAAACCCUAAACAAUCCAUCCAUCCAUCUCUUUCGUUUGAACUCCUCCUCCACUUAGCUGUCACUAUAUUUCCUACAUCCACUGUCAGAAGACAGCUAAAUCCUGAUAGCAGCUAGUUAGCCAGGCAGCAGCGUAGUCAGAGAACAAGGGUGACCAUCCGAGCUGUCGCUGAGCAGAGGAAAGACAAUUGCCUGCCGUGAAGUUUGACAGGCAGCGGCCUUUUAUUCAAGCACAUGGGCUGUUGAUGAAGAAAGAUGGCAGUGAGACUGGCAGGCGCCGCCCCUUCCUCUCGGCCACCCUCCCUCCCCCCAGCGGCUGUGGCUCGGACUGGUUAAGGUUGGUCUAUUGGCAUCCAUCGCAGCAUCGGCAGCAGCUAGCAGAGCGUGGGAAGGAGCAGUAUGCAGGAAACUGAUUUACCAGCCACCAAUGCCUUCAAAGAGUGCAAGUUCCACUGCACCAAUGGGAAUUGCUUGCGUCUGGGCUCGCUGAUCUGCAACCAGCUGAAUAACUGUGGGGACAACAGCGAUGAGGAGAACUGCCCCGUGGUCACCCAGCACCCUCCGCCGGGCAUCUUCAACUCUGAACUGGAGUUUGUUCAGAUUGUCAUCAUCAUUGUGGUGAUGACAGUGAUGGUGGUGGUGAUCAUCUGCCUGCUCAACCACUACAAGCUCUCCACCUGGUCCUUCAUAACAAGGCAGAGCCAGGCCCGCAGGCACGAUCAUGCCCUGCAGCAGGAUGGGUGUCUGUGGCCUUCAGACAGUGGCUCUCGACAAGGUGCCUCAGAGGUAUUAUAUGCUCCGCAGGCCAGGGAUCGCUUCACUGCUCCCUCCUUCAUGCAGCGCGACCGCUUCAGCCGCUUCCAGCCCACCUACCCCUACCUGCAGCACCAGAUCGACCUGCCGCCCACCAUCUCGCUGUCAGACGGAGAGGAGCCCCCGCCGUACCAGGGACCCUGCACCCUGCAACUCCGCGACCCUGAGCAGCAGAUGGAGCUCAACCGUGAGUCGGUGAGGGCGCCGCCCAACCGGACCAUCUACGACAGUGACUUGAUCGACAUGGGUGGAGGCGGCAGCCUGGGAGGAGUGGGGGGAGGAGGGGGAGGCAUCGGUGGGGGUGGGCCAAGGCCACCUAGCAGUAACUCGGGCAUCAGUGCGGCCAACUCCAGCAGCCACGGGCGCAUGGAGGGUCCCCCACCGGCAUACAGUGAGGUGAUGGGCCACUACCCCGGCUCAACGUUCUUUCUACACCAGCACAGCAAUAACCAGAGGGUGGGGAGGCCGGGGGGGCCGGGGAGCAGGACGAUCCAGCAGCAGAGCCAAUCAGAAAGCACAAUAGUACCUGCCAAGGCCAAGGACGGCCAACCAGAGGACCUGGUGUGAAGAAGAGGGGAGGGACAGGUGAGGCCACCCACCCAGACUGAAAACUGUCUCUCUUGUUCAUCCUGAUCAGCUGUAAGCAGUGGUCUCUCUAUCGCUCUCUCUGUCUCUCAUGUCCUCUCCACACUCCCAUGCACAAAUAAAUAUCAACCUUAGCGACAGCAAAACAAGAAGACAGAAACCAAGAGUUGAUUUCAUUUCAGUUUCUUUCUGACGUUAAUAAUUCAAACUGCUGGGGCAGGAUGUAUGCACUGCGUGGAGACUUUUUGUUCCUUCAUUUUGAGAAAGAAACACACUGCUAGCACAGAUUGAAACAAUGCUCUCGUUUUUGCCCCUUCGGGUGACAGCUCAGUCCUCGGGAAAAGAGGAGGAUGUUUUUCCAUUUUUGUUUAAUUUUUCGGACCGGGAUCUGUGCACAAAGCAAGAACUGAGAAUCAAGGACUUACAGAGACCACAACAAAACAAGAGACUCACAAACCCAAAUCUUAGUGCCAAGGUUCACGAGGAAGCAAAACAAAGGGGGAAAAAAGACUCGUUCUAACAUUCAAAACAAAAAAGAAAAGUUAUCUAAAAGUUGCACUAUCUUUUUGUUGUAAAAGAGAAGAGGGAAAUGAUGUUAUGUGAUGAUGAUAAUGAUGAUGUUUGUUUUUUUUUUUUAAAUUUCCAGUUUUUGUUUUUUGUUGGGUUUUUUUUUUUUUUUUUUUGUCCUUUUCAUGAAUGGACUAAUUGACUGACUGAACUUUGGCUCCAAAGUUGUUUAAACAGUUGGGAGCAAAAAAAACUAAAGUAUUAUAAGCUUAUGUCCUUUUUUGAAAACUGCAAGAAAUACUCGUACCCAGCCUACAACAUCUCUGUCUGCUUACACCACAGGCACAGUGAGACUUAGUAAGAGAAUAACCUUGUACUGCUUCACGUCUGUGUUCACUUUAGCCUUGUGGGGGGAAGAAAUCUGCCUUGUGACCAGCCGCUUGGUGGACAAAACAUUCGUACUUCCUCUUGUAGUUUAUUACAGAGACUUAGAGGUGGAUUUCCCCAAAGCAGAGGAGUUCAUAAACUCUGCUUAGCAAGAUCUAGCAUGAUUGAAAAUAGGUUUUGAGGGAAAUCUGGCCUAGAUGCUUGAUAUCAAGUAAACAAUUGAAAACAGAAUUCCACAGCCAAAAACCAACAAAACAACAUAUUGAAGUGUCCACACAAGCAGCCUGGUCAAAGCAGAUUCUUCUCUUUUCAAAUCUGUCUCGACAUCUAAGCACCUGACACUUCCUCUUUCCUGUUUCCUUCAUCCAGCCCCCCCACCCCACCCCACCCCCCUGUCACUGCUCAUCUCCACAUGCACAGUGCAUUCUGCCAACGGCCACACUGAACUCGAUCACCUGCCGCCAUGACGAUGAAUACACAAAGCAAAACAACAACAAGAAAAAAAACCUACAAAAAAAUGGAGGCUCGGCUCUCGGUCUUCACGUCUCUAAAGCCACAAAAAAAAAAAAGAUGACACAAAGUGACGAUUUCUGUCUGCAUCCGCCAGCACAGCAAUCAGGUUUUAAACGAAACUGUAUGUGGUGGAAGUCAAAGGGCUAUGGGAGGGUCCUUUUUGUAAAAGAAACAAAAAACCUUUUUGAAAAUCUAGCCUUUUUCUCUGCUCAUCGUUGCCUUCUCCUCUGCUCGUGCGCUUUCUCUGUCUCCUCUUGCUUGUUUGCGUUCAGCACCUGUGCCCCCUUCCUCCUCCUCCUAGCACUGCUUUCUACCAGUGUCUUUGAUAAGCACUGGGUUCAUCAUCCCUCCUUCCAUCUGUGUGCAGAAAAAGUGCGAUCAAAUGAUGCAGAGUCCGCCAAGCCCUUUAAAGUGGAGACUGGAGUGGAGCCCUUGUUUGGCAGCGUGCUAGUGCAGUCCUCUCCUCGCUGUAUAAGUGUGUACAUGUGUGUUUGUUGGUCAGACCUCUUAACAACACAGAAAAGCACUUAAUGCUCCUGCAGGAGUAUUGUCUGUGCGUGUGUGUGUGUGUGUGUGUAUGUAGCCGAGUGAUUUAUUAGCUGACUGCUUUUAGUUUAGAGAUUCAAGGACAUUUUUGCCUAUUAACACAACACCAAUUGAGCUUUCAUUGAAAUUCAGCAGUGUCUCUUCAAAAAGUCUUCAGAAAUGCGCCGUGGUCAUUACCACGGUGCAGUGGUGAUGUCACUGUAACAGCUCAACGAAAGUGCAUGUCACAGUCCAGUCCACCCCGCAGGUUCCACUAAAACUGCAAACACCACCUGAUAGAGUAUUUUCACCGUCUCAGUUUCAGACUGCUUAUUGAUUCCAAACAGGCUGAGUACGAGCCUCAGCACGUUAGCAUGUACACUGAAAACGCUUGGAUUUGGAUUAUAGAUGGACCUUUUUGACCCUCAAUGUGACAUGCUGUUGAUAUUUUAGAUUUUUCUAUAAACAAAUCCCAUGAAAUCUCUCAAUCCUGACAUUCCUAACAGUCAACCCCAAGCCUACUCAUUCCUGUCGAGGACACACUAUAAAUAAGGGAAAGAUGGAUUGUGGCUCAAGGUGAAAUUAUUUGCUGCUUUUUCUGGAACUGGCUGGACACCAAAGUCCAUCUUUGUCUUAUGUAUGACUUGUAAUCACAUGGCCAAAGCUUCAUGCUUUAGUCACAUGAUGACAAACUCCAUUUGAUAUUCAACAGCAAGCUUAAGCAAAGAGUGUUAAGUUGGCCUUUUUUUAAAUCAAACUGUGUUUCCAAUGUCCAGCUCACAGAAAAGAGAUAUAGUAAACUCCUGGGAACUGUAGUUUUUAGCAAACAUGAAAGACAGUAAAUGGUUUGGAGAUUAUUUCCAGCUGUGGAUUCUAGUGUUUGAGUUGGUAUUUACAGCAAAAGGAAGGUGCAUUAGGGACUGAGUCCAGAUAAUAAUGUGUGUGUUCAUGGUAAGGAAGAAACACGUCGCCUGGUGCAACAGUGAGGCUCACUGAUGGGAUUUUGGACAACAAUAGAGCUCUAUGGCUCAGAGGAAUGAAAUCUAUCAGGCUUUCAUACACACAGACACACACUCAAUGCUUGGUGGUCGGAGCUGUUUAUUGUUGGUUUGGAUCUUUUCAUGAGAUUUGUUCACAAGAAGAAAAAUAUCAAAUAUCAGAUUCAGGAUCUUCUAUCACUUUCUGUCAGAGCAAAACUAAGUCACUUUACAGUGACUUCUUACCACCUCCAAACAUACGUAUGUAUUAAACACCUUUAAUGCUGAAAUAACAUUGAAUUAAAUUCGUCACUGUUUACAAGACUCAGUAAUCGUCUGCUGCUCCUAGACGCAGCCCGAAUUUGAAGUUGCCUGAUGAAGUGACAUUAAUGUUUAGUGUUUGAAGGUCUCACACAGUGCUAACGCAGCAGACCAGGAACCAGGAGACGUUUCUGUAUGGACGUAUGUUCCCCCUCCUUGUGCGCUCACAGCUCUGAUUUUACGCUCUGCAGGCAUCAUGAUGAUGGAAGGUUUGGUCAGCAAAAAGCCCACUGAUCCCGUUAGCGUCAGUGUGUUUGAAUGUAUGCACGUGUCCCAGUGUGUGUCCAUCUGGCUCUACUGUUAUGUGUGUGUUGCUACAUCGCUGCUGCUAUUGCUGUUGCUGCUGCUACUAUUGUUGCUACUGCUGCUUCUCAUCCCCCCCACCUCCCUCAGUCCAUCCUGUGCCCCUCAGCUCAUCCAAAACUGGGAGAGAAAUCUGACCCUCUGCAGUCAAACCCACAAGUAUUGAGAAAAGCAAGACCCGUAUUUAAACAUUUUGAUUUCAGAAAAGUUGAGGUGCAUCAGCCGCCGCUAAGAUUGUCCCAACACUUUUGGCCUUUGACUGUACAGACCUGCUUCAAAGCUGCAUUUCUUCUCCAGUUUUUUUUCUUCUUUCUUUCUGUUGUUUUUCUCAGCUUGUUCUGUCUGCGCAGUCAUAGCUUGUAAAUGGAGGAUAUAAAGAUGAAUUUUAUGUUUUCUACAAGGAGGUUUGCAUGAUACUAUUAUGUGAGUAAAUAAGGUGCCUAAUGUUCAUGUUUGAGCAGACCACACCUCAGUCAGACUGCUGCUCGGAAUCUGUGCAGGCGCUCUAUCUCGGCGGGGUCACCACCUGUCUGGCAAAAUAAAACAGACGUACGCCAGGACUGCCAAAAACGAUUGUUUCUGUCUUUUUGUAAAGUCGCGGACAGAUAGGAGUCUGGUCCAAUGUUUGGCAUUUAGGGGCAUUCUCAAGCUUUUGUUUGACUGAAUCUGAUCCUGAACCUUAAAUUCAUUUCAAGUCUGCUUGAAACUCUACUGAUCUCGUGAUCACAGAAUCAACAGCGUGCCUGUUUCCAAACUUGCAGCUCCACCUUGAACAUUUUCAGCUGUGGGUUCUGGUUACGAGCGCAGCGGUUAUGAGCGUGCUCACCGGCCAUUGUGCCAGACAGGAGCGGUUGCUCCCAGAGAAGCAACUGAAGCCAUUCCAAGCAGUAAUGUGACCCGUGUGUGGAGCAGACAUAGGAACCCACUUGCACUCAAAAAGCUCCCACCUUCGUUGUGCCUCACUUCCAACGGUGCUUUUUUCAGUAGUCUGUCUUUCUUUAUGUUUGUUUGUAAGGUGCUGUAUAUAACUUGAAUAUAUUAUGCACAUAUCCUACCCAAUGGGUAGAAACCACAAAAGAUGUUGUGAAUAAUGUAAUAUAAUGUAUAGACAAUAUAAGAAUUUUAAGAAGGCAGCAUCAAAUUUGUAAAUGCCUACAGUUAAAAACGUGCUUUGUCUUUUUUUUAUGGAAACAUGGUUUGCAAAGUAUGCUUAGAAUAUGGUUGCAACACAAAUACAAAUUACUACUUAGAAUAUUUUGCUAUAAAUAAUAGUCUGUUAUGAUAAGGAUGAGAUAACCUCUGGAUUAAGGACGCUGUUGAGAAAAGAUAUUCACUUGUUUAUUGGAUUCUUCUGUCACAGUGCCAGCCAUCAUUCAGGUACUGGCUGGUUGUUUUCUUUUGACCACAAUCGACUAACAAAUGUAUAGUUCUAUUGCAAAGAUCUUUUACGAAAACAUAUAUCACAUACACAUCAGUCGGUGUUUAAGCCACGACUUCAGCCGGCCCAACGGUUGAAUUUCAACUCGCUUUGUAAAUGGUCGAACAAAAAACAAGCAAGCUGUCUAGUUUGGGAGACGACCACUGCACACAAGAGCCGUCAGCGCUUCUUCAUGAAAUGGGAGAAUGUGCUUCUGUAAUCAUUUAAUUUUAGUCUCUUUUAGCCGUUGUUUUGUAUAUCUGCCAAAGUAUUAAAACCUGCUGAGCACACUCGGCACUGCUAUAGGUCUGGCUGGAUGUUAGACUGGUUAUUAAAGCAUUUCAGCUCAGAAGGGUGGUCGACUUUUUCAUCACAUGGUUGUUAAAGGAAAAGGAAAUAAAGAAAAAAAACUGAGGGUCAAGAUUGGAAAGUUGCACCAGCGAGUGGGGAAAAAAAUGCCGUUAAAACUGUCAUUUAACUUUUCUCUCUUUAUUUUUUUUAUGGUUAUUUUCUACAUUACAAUGUUAUAUGUGGCACAGUAUAUUGAAACGAAAUCAUGUUUAAUCUGCAGUCAUUUAUUUACAGUAUGUACUGAAGAUAACUCCACUGUACAAUACCCGCAGAGCAUGCUCAUUCUUAUCUAUAGACGAUGUACAUAGCAACGCGCCAUUUUCUCUUCAAAGCACCAAAUAAGUGGCAGUUGUGUAGUUUUAAUUUGGAAAAAAUCUCUAUUGUAACUUUGGCUGGAGCGCCGCUCGGCUCUCCUUCUUCUUAAUAGACCUUUUUUUUCUUUCUUUCUUUCUUUUCGUUUCCUGCACUAGCUUGAAGAACUGACUUGGACUCAGACUGAUCUUGGUCUGAUUCUCCCCCUGCAGCGCGCUCCCUCUUUCCACUUAUCAGAAGUCUGUACUCAACUGCUGACUACAAGUAGCUGUUUUUAUCGUUCCAGAUUUUAAUAAUAAUGAUGAUAAUAAUAACAAUGAUAAUGUCUCAACAGUUUGGUAUUCUCUCUGUCUUGGCAGUUACCAUAGGACUGCUUCCAUCAUGGGUUUUGUAACAUCGGUUUGCUUUAUUUACAAAAUGAAUCCUUCUCGUUCCCCCCGCCCCCCUCUGUGCUGAAAUCUACAUAUAUAUAUGGCUGUAUUCAGUAACCAUACAGUGUAUAUAUAUAUCUAUAUAUCCAAACACAGAGGUAAAAUUGUUGUGUAUUUUGCCUCUUUUUAUUUAAGCAAUUGUGAUGUAAUAGGUUUUAGGCCUAAGGUCUGUUAUUGCAAUACUUUUACAGAAAAGAAGAAAAAAAUCAAAAAAUGUUGCUCUAAGUGCUGUUGUAGUCAAAGAUUUUAUGCUUGUACUUAUGCUGUAGUCAAACUGCAGCGUAAUGAAUAAAACUUUAAAAGUGA